GCGGAGCCGGCGCGGCGGCCCGGGCCCCACUUCCGCCGGACGCGCGCUCGGGCGGCGGAUGGAGGCGGCGCGGAGGCCGGCGGGGCGGCUGAGCCGCCGGAGGCCGCCCCGGGGCUCCCCCCGGGCCCGGCUCCUGACCCCGCACCCCUGCCGCGCAGGUUCCCCCCGGGCCCGGCUCCUGACCCCGCACCCCUGCCGCGCAGGUUCCCCCCGGGCCCGGCUCCUGACCCCGCACCCCUGCCGCGCAGGUUCCCCCCCGCGCCCCGCCUCCCCGGGCGCCGAGAGCGGGCCGUGGGCCGCCCUGCUGCGCGCGGCGGGCGCCGGCCCGAGCCCGGACUGCGAGCCGCUGCCCGCGCUUCCCGACCAGGAACCGGAGCCCGGCCCGGAUGGCCCAGCGCCCCCCGAGGUGUUCACGGUUGGAUCGAAGACGUUUUUCUGGACGCCCUUUCCGCCCGCCCCCGGGGCGGCCGGCGAGGCUGCGAGGCCCCGGGAGUCGCCCUCCGGCCCCCGGGAAGGACGCCCCGCGCCGGAUCCCUGCGGAGCCCCCGGUGCCCCGGAGCCUCCGCCGGGGCCGCCCGCCCUGCAGAGCUGCCCCAUGUGCGGGAAGGCGUUUGCCCCCCGGCUGGACCAGCUGGACGUGGACAGCCACCUGGCUCAGUGCUUGGCGGAAGGCGCGGAGGACGUAGCGUGGUGAGCGGCCGCCCCGGGGGCCAGGGGGCCCCGCCCCGGGCUCGCUUGACCCGAGGCCCUCCGCGCG